AUGGUAGAGCUACACCAGGAAGAAAAGACCGAAGACAUCGGCCGAGUCGGCUCUAAUACGCCUGGGGAGAUAGAUCAUGUCAAUGACCUUCGACGAGACUUCAAGCCGCGCCAUGUCUUCAUGUUCUCCAUAGCUUGCGCCAUUGGAACCGGGCUAGUGAUCGGAACUGGCGGUGCAUUAUCGAGGGGGGGGCCUGGUAGUCUCUUGAUUGCGUAUAUCCUGGUUGGAUGUACAGUUUUCUUCGUCAUGACAGCCAUUGGUGAGAUGGCAACGUUCCUACCCAUGAACAAAGGUUUCGGAGGUUAUGCAACUCGCAUGGUCGACCCUGCCUUUGGAUUCGCGACAGGUUGGAACUACGUUCUCAAGUACAUCGUGGCUACACCGACAAACCUUACAGCUGCUGGUCUUGUCCUGCAAUUCUGGAGACCAGACCUCAAUGUGACCAUCUGGAUUACGGUUUUCGGAGUUGUCAUCGUGACCAUAAAUGUCUUGCACGUAAACAGCUUUGGCGAAACAGAAUUCUGGCUCGGUUGCGCUAAGGUUCUUAUCAUGACUGUUUUGAUCCUUAGCACCCUCGUUGUUGCGUUGGGCGGUGGACCAAACCACGAUCGAUCCGGUUUCCGAUACUGGCGGGACCCUGGAGCAUUUGCGGAAUAUCUACUCGAAGGCUCAUUGGGAAGAUUUCUUGGAUUCUGGGCUUGCUGCUGCCAGGCCUGUUUCGGAUUUACUGGCACCGAGGUUGUCGGUAUGACCUUUGGCGAGACUCCGAACCCACGCAAGAACGUGCCGCGAGCUGUAAAGCAAACGUUCUGGAGAAUUGCCUGUUUCUAUAUUAUUGGUGUCUUGGUGCUUGGAAUGGCUGUUCCGUAUGAUAACGAACAGCUUAUUGGGGCCACAAAACAGGCUACCAGUGGCGCUGCAUCUCCCUUCGUCGUUUCGGUCAGCCUCGCUGGAGUCCAUGUUUUCGCGGAUGUCAUCAACGGCUGUCUAUUGGUGUUCACACUCAGUGCUGCAAGCUCAGAUAUCUAUUGCGCAUCCAGGUCACUCUACGGCCUUGCUAAAGAUGGCCAGGCACCUCGCUUGUUUGCCAAGGUUCGCGAAAAUGGAAAUCCCAUAUAUACAGUUGGCUUUGCUUCCGUGUUCAUCGCCAUGGGAUACUUGAACGCCAGCAAAUCUUCAUCAGCAGUGUUUGGCUAUUUUGUUAGUCUCGUGACGGUGUUUGCCGUGCUCAAUUGGGUCGCUGUUCUAAUCACCCACAUCCGAUUCCGCCAGGCUUUGAAGGCCCAAGGAAUUGCGAUCACCGAAUUGCCAUACGUUGGGUUUCUCCAGCCUUACGGCUCAUACUUCUCCCUGACCGUUUCACUUUUGGUCAUCAUUUUCAAUGGUUAUGACGCUUUUAUUCCAUACUUUAAACCAGAGACGUUCGUGCUCAAGUACCUUGGCACAUUGAUCUUUGUCGUUAAUGUUUGCUGGUGGAAAAUUAGACAUAAGACAACUUUCUGGCGAGUAACAGAUAUAGAUCUUUUCACUGGUAGACGUGAGUGA